UUUCGCUUUCACAGUGUGUUUGCUGUCGUUAAAUUUUCAUAUCUGCCAAUGGGAGAACCGCAGCGCUGGCGAAUAUUUGUAAACAAAUGUAUGUGGUUUGAUUAAUACUGUAAAAAUUUGGUGAAUUUUCAGAAUUAUGUCCAAGGUUUUACUUUCUGAUUUGAAUAUAGAAAUUAAUUCUGUUGAAGAUGCAAAACGAGCAUAUGAGAUUUACGCAGCUAAAGAGCAAAAGCUGGAUGCUGAACUACAUUCUUUUAUUGAACAACAUGAUCGACAGGAUGAUAAAGUACUUUCAUUAUUGAAAAUGAUGCCUCAGUUACAACUGGCUCAUACAGAUGCUCAACAACUCUCUGGUAUGAUAGCUUUUACUUCUGCAUUAGCAGAAAAUAUUAGUAGUAAAGUGAAACAACUUGAUGUCACCAGAAGCAGAGUUUUAGAAUGUAUGCAAAGAGUUGAGGAUAUUCUAGAUCUGAAAUUUUGUACUGAUGGUGUACAAACAGCUCUUCAAAAUGAAGAUUAUGAACAGGCUGCUGCACACAUUCAUCGUUUCCUAAGCUUGGACAAAACGGUUCUAAAGAAAUCAGCAGCUGAUAGCAAUGAAGGUAGCAGUUUAGAUGAAGCAUUUGAAAAGUUGCAUGAAGCCGAGACUCAGUUGAAAGCCAUUGUGAUGAGGAAGUUCGAUGAAGCGGUUAGAGAUGAAGAUGUGGCAUCUGUUGAACGUUUCUUUAAAAUAUUUCCCCUCCUAAAUCAACAUAAUGAAGGCUUGAAAAAAUUCUCGACCUAUCUUUGUUCACAGAUUGCUGAUAAAUCUCAGAAAAACCUGAAAGCAGCUCAGAGUGUUUCUCCUUCUGAUAAGAGGUGGACUGUAAAAUAUGCAGAUAUUGCUACUCUCUUGUUUGAGGGAAUAGCUCGAAUAAUAGAAAUUCAUCAACCCCUUGUGGAGACCUAUUAUGGUCCAGGAAGGUUAUUUUCUGUAAUCGAAGUGAUUCAGAAAGAAUGUGACCGGCAAAUCAAACGGGUUUUGGAUGAGUUUAAAGUAACUAGAGAAUUUUUUAAAAAGUCAUCAAGUUUGCAACAAAUGAACAGAACUCCUUAUAGAACAACUGAUAGAUUAGAUCCAAAAGAGUUGGAUAGCCUUCUAGCAGAGAUUACUAUUUUGAGUACAAGGUCACAACUUUAUCUGAGAUUCAUCAGAAGAAGAGUACUGGGAGAUAUUGAAAUAUCAUCACCUGAUCUAAAAAUGAAAGAAGAAGAAAUUGCUCGUUUAAAUAAACUCUUGAAAGAAUGUGAACUGAGCAAAUUAAUGCAUGAUUUACUUGGAACUUAUGUAACAAUGGAAGAAUAUUUUAUGAGAGAAUCUAUUCAUAAGGCUGUAAGUAUGGAUACAAUAGAAGAAAAUGCAUUAACAUCCAGUAUGUUAGAUGAUGUAUUUUUCAUUGCUAAAAAAUGCUUGAGACGAGCCAUUUCUAGUUCAAAUGCUGAUAUUGUCUGUGCUAUGCUAAAUCAUGCCACUUCUUUGCUGCAAGCUGAUUUCUAUGAAGUCUUAAAUGAGAAACUGAAGUUGGGAUUUCCAUCCAGCAUAUUAGACUUUAGUCAAGCAUACAGUGUAUUUCAAUCAAGCCUUCAAAUCCAACCAUCUGAUAUAGACAAAUCUAAAGUAGAAUUCCUGGUUACCUUAAACAAUGCGGAAGUUGCUUGUGAAUAUGUUAGGACACUUCGCAUGAAUUUGGAGGAAGAAGUUCAAAAAAUGUUCCCUCAUGCAUCUGAUCAAGAUGGGGCAAAAUUAGAGAGUUGUUUAUCAGAGAUAACUUCAGUUAAUUUCAAAUUGCAACAGUUAAUUAGUUAUGGAAGAACUCACUUAUGUACAGCUGUUGUUAAACCUCGUAUUAAACCCUGGGUGGAUGCUUUUCAGUCAGCUUCUCACAUAAUAACUGAUGAUGAAUUUGCCCAGUAUGAAGCAAAUGAUGGUGCUCGACCAUUCAUUCAGAAUUUUAUCAUAAGUACAGAUACUUUUCUGAAAUCUCUAAAGGAUAGCUUAACUACCAGCAACUUUGAUUCUAUUGUAAGUUUAUUAGCCACAGAAUUGACAUCUCAAUUCGAAAAAGCUGUUAUGUCAUGUCAGUUCAAUAGGCUUGGGGGUUUAUUAUUUGAGAAAGAAUUAAGACUGAUUAUAGCAUAUCUUACAACUGUUACUACUUGGACCAUUAGAGACAAAUUUGCUCGAUUGACUCAAAUUGCUUCUAUACUCAAUUUGGAAAAUGUAAGUGAAAUUUUAGAUACUUGGGGAUCAAAUUCUGGAUCUUUAACUUGGCGUCUGACUCCUACUGAAGUGAGACAGGUUCUCGCUCUCAGGAAGGAUUUCAAAUCUGAAGAUAUAAAACGUUUGAAAUUAUAAAUGAAUUGUGAAAUACAUGCUAUUGUUUUGUAUAAAUAAAAUAUUUAUUUUGUAUCUCAA